ACCCUUUUUAUUGAUGGACCACCUCCCAAAAUUUAUAGGAUCAGUGUGUCCAGACUCAAAUAUUGCAGCAGACCUUAAAAUAUCUAGGACGAAAGCCACCCUAAUUACUAAACAUUGUUUUACAUCCUCCGCUUUAGAGAAUAUUGCUUAAAAAGUUGACAAAUCAGUUGCUUAUAGUUUGAUAAUGGAUGAAACCACUGAUGUGGCAACACAAAAGUCAUUAGUUGUAGUGAUAAGAUUUUAUGAUGAAAAGGUGACAGACCACUUUUUUGGUCUUUUAGAAAUACAUCAAGGUACGUCAAAUGAAAUUGAUCAAACCACAAUAAACCAUUUGAAAAAUAAUAAUAUACCCCUAACAAAAAUGAUUGGACUAGCUGCUGACAAUGCGGCAGUGAUGAUGGGAAACAUUAAAGGUGUACAAGCACUUUUUAGACAGGAUGUCCCAUCAUUAUUUGUUAUGGGAUGUAUUUGCCACACAUUCCACCUGUGUGCGUCCGCAGCAGCAAUUAAAUUACCGAAUACACUCGAAGAAUUCGCUAGGGGAGUAUAUAAUUUUUUCUCAAACAGUAGCAAACGCCUUCGUUUUUUGAAUGAAUGCCAAAGCUUUUUAGAUGAGAAGCCCCAUAAAAUGCUGCAUCCAAGUCAGACAAGGUGGCUGUCCUUACAGGAGGUAGUAAAUAGAAUUUUACUGCACUGGAAUUCCCUAAAACUAGUGUUUCAGGAUGCAGUUUUAGCAGAAAAUUUACAAAGUUUCCAAACAACUUUAAAUAACCUCAAUGAUCCUAUUUACAAGUUAUACUUUUUAUUUUUAUCUUAUGUUUUAGAAAUUGUGAAUCAGUUACCAAACUAGUUUAGAAAAAAUAGACGUAAAAAAUCCCAGAAAUUUUUUACCAAUUGAAGAAGUUUAUUUUGGCGCUAGGGUCCAGGUAAUGUUAUCCUCAGAGGAAAAUAAUAAUUCUGUCAACAAUUUUAGACUAAGAUGUCUUGAUUUUUAUAUUGAGCUAUGCUCCCAAAUUCAGAAAAGAUUUUCAUUCAAUGAUCCAAUUUUGAAUUUCUGUAAAAUAUUUAAUCCUUUGACUGUAGUAAGUGGAAAUAUAAACUCUAUUGCUGCUAAGAGCAUUCAGUAUUUUCCACAAUUAGUUACUGACAUUGAAAAAUUGGAUUUUGAAUGGAGACUGUCAGCAGAUUCCGAAGAAGUACAGAGUAUUAAAGAUUUAGAUUUUGAAGAAUUUUGGGAAAAAAUAUUUCGAAUGAAAAAUAGUACGGAUGAAUUGUUAUUCCCAAAUUUGUCCAUCUUAGUCAAAGGCAUAAUGUGUCUUCCUCAUCCAUCUGCAACUGCAGAGAGACAAUUUUCCCAAUAUAAUUUAAUCAAAACCAAAGUUCGAAAUCGUUUAAACAUUGACACUUGUGAUUCAAUAUUACACUCAAAAGAUCUUUUGAAAGGUUAUUCUUGCCACACUUGGGUACCAGACACCAAUCUUUUGAAAAAAAAGGUUCAGUAUAAAAAUGAUACUAUGUAGUAAUACUUAUAUAUUUUACUAAUUUAAGACUGUUGAUGCUGUGAAAAAAAGUUAUAUUUUAACCUGAUAUUUAUUUCGUUAGUUUUAAGUUGACUGAUGAGACUGCUGAUGCUGUGAAAAAACGGGUGUGUGCAAAGAUUAUUAUUUGAAGUUGACCACAUAUUUCUUCUGUGGAUUUCUCCUGAAACGUGAUAUUUUCUACUAAAAAAAAUUGUAAAUAUGUAUUUUUCAUAAUAUCUAUCUUUUGUAAGCUAUUUAUGUUGCUAUAGCUAUGACAAUAGCAAUUUUAGUUUCUUUAGCUGUAGUUUUUCAGUUUACGGCCUCUGUUACGGCCCUGUUCAUUGGCAUUAAAAUUUCUAGUUGAAUUUUCUUGUUUAUUUGGUUUAUAUUGAAAGGAAAUACAUCACAAUAAUCUACAA